AUGGAGGUGUGCAUGGCGAUCGCCAAGGAGAAUUACCCUCUGUACAUCCAGAGCACUCCCACAGAGAGUGAGCUCACGUUCCACUACAUGGUACACACGUCCCUGGACGUGGUAGAUGAGAAGAUCUCUGCCAUGGGAAAAGCACUGGUGGGCCAGCGAGCGGUACCUGGGCCUGCUCUACCCAAGAACUACAAGGCAUACGGCUAUGUGACCAUUUCCAAGGUAAAGUUUCUCAUGGUGGUGGAUUCCUCCAAUACAGCCCUCCGAGACAAUGGGAUCCGGAAGCUGCAUAACUCCUACACAGAUGUGAUGUGCGACCCAUUCUACAACCCUGGAGACCGCCUCCAGUCGAGGGCCUUCCAUAACACGGUAACUUCCAUGAUGAACCAGGUGUGCUGA